UCUCUGCCUUCAGACGGGUAUAGUCAGUGGCAUCUGCAGCAGGCAAGUCAAAGUAGGCCUUCUGGGCCUCUCCACACAAAAAAGGGGCAAGAAUGCUGGCCCACUGCUACUGGGGCCAUGCCUCACGCUGAGCAGUCCUUUCGAAUGAGAGGAGAUAUGCCUCUAUGUCAUCUCCUGACGUCGUCUUUGGCAGACAACCAGUGGCCUUCAGGGUUCGCGUCCCGUCGGACCCCCGGGCCUGGGUGGUGAGGAGCUUCAGCUGGUCCACCACCUCUCUCAAGAGGGCACGAUCUUGGGUUGCCUGGCUCAUCAAUAAUUGAUUGGUUUCCUGCUGUAGCCGCAUAGACUCCUAUUGUGCCAUUGCCUGAACCCAGGUGGCCUCCUGCUGGGCUGCCGUGGCUUGUACCAGAGCUCUUACCACCUCCUCCAUUGUGGUACAAAGCAAACAAACAAAAACCAAAAAAAAAAAUCCAAAACCCCAGUGCGCUUUUUUUUAAACCUCUUUCUUCUGCCACGGUGUGAAUGAAAUCCCACUUCUGACACCAGUUGUGACAAAGCUCUGUCCUUGCCUCCAUGGGUCCCGCGUUUCCUGGCAGAUUUCUCUAGCCUCAGAGGCUCACUGUGACCCUCCAUGUAACCCUUCUUUCUCUAGAGACAAGGGUCACAGUCUACUGAGCCAUUUUCGUCAUAAGCCAGCAAGGGAGGUGAGGAGAAGUUAGCCUUCCUUGCACAGUCUCUGAUGUCUCCCAGUCUCAGUGAUUAAUCAGGGGGCAAAAAGGGGCGGGAGCCCAGGACCACCCUCUACUCCGGGCUCCAGCCCAGGGACCCUAAUCGUAUCAGCUAUGGUAGCUGACCUUUUAGAAACAUGACAUGUACAAUUCCCUGGGCUACUUCCCCCACAGCAGCCCUCACUUCCCCAAGCUCCACUUCACCCUUACCUCAGGGCCUCCUUCCUUGUACCUGAUAUGGUGUGUAUUACUCAGCCUCUCCAACAGCGCAACUUCCUUCCACAGCUCCUGACAUGCACCCCCACCUGACUGACUGGGACGCUUUUAACUAGUUUCAGCCAGCCCCUGAUUGGCUUCAGGUGUCCCAAUCAACCUAGCAUUCUCCCUGCCUUCUGGAAAGUUCUUAAUUGGCCCCAGGUGUCUUAACUGACCUGGAGCAGCUUCCAUUUCACUUAACCUGGUACCAGGGAUUUGUUUAGCCUGGAGGUAAUAUAUCUAUCUCCCACUACUUUUCUAUAGCCAUCUGGCCUUGCCCCGUCACACAAUGUAACUUCAAAAAUAGGUGUAAGGAUUUGAAUUAAAAUAAAAAUGUUUCAUGAAACUCAGCCAUGUAUGGAAACUUAGAGUUUAGCUUGACAGUUUGACCAGACUUCAUAAUUUUUACCCUUGACAUCUGAGUACAAAGAUAAGGAGUACUCUUUCAAACAAAAAUUCCUCUUCUCACUCCUCUCACCUCCAAGAGCAUAAAAAUUAGUGAGUCAAACAAAUUCAGAGAGCAGGUCAGACAGUCUUUUCCAUCACUUUUCAUGCUGAAAGCAAACACCCUGUUCAGCGCUGCUGUCCGAACUACUAUCCUCCCCUUGAGCACGCUCUGUACUCAUUAUAAAAUGAUGAACAGCCAGUUCCGUUACAUCAUAGCUUAGGGUCUGCUAGCAGUGCAGAAGUACUGUCCAGUAUAAGCCACUCACUACCUGUCAACCAAGAAACUAAAAAGUUCAAAUCACCUUCUUGCUCCCACAUUUUCCCCAUUUUCAAAUGUCUAGGGGAGAUGAUGAGCUUUGCAACAUGCCCAGAAGGGUACCAAAUGUGGGCUAUUUUGGAUAAGUAAGGGGAAUGAGAUCUAUAGCUGUUAGGCCUCCCAAAGAAUGUCUAGCCAGCAGCCUCUUCUUGUGUGCAACAAGGGGGCUUCAGCUCAAGCACCUCUGUUAAUCUCUGAUACUCUGUUAAUGUCAUAUGUGUGCUGUGAAGAAAGAAAAGAUUUGAUUUUCCAGGAUCUUCAUUCCUGCACCUUUCAUUCACUUUAUAAACUAUGAUGAAAAAUAUUAUUGAUUUCAUAUUUACAUUGGCAGAUAGGCUUCUAUAAUACGUCUCCUAUGUGUAUGCGUUGUUGUUGUAUCUCUUUUGGUCCCGGGAUACUAGGCAGACAGGGUGGGUAAGGUCGUAUUUAUCGGACAAACCUCUGUUGGUGAAAGAGACAAGCUUUUGAACUCUUGAGAAGAAGAAGCUUGUCUCUUUCACCAACAGAAGUUGGUCAAAUAAAAGAUAUUCCCUCAUCCACCUUAUGUGUUUGUAUGUAUGUGAUGGGGGUGAACCCCACACAAGGCCUGAAGGGGUUAAUUAGGUCAAUUAAAGUGUAGGCUGCACCUCCAGGAAAGCCAGGGAAUGCUAAAACCUAAUUUUAAGUAGAACUCCCCCUAUGCCAGUCCAGCUGCAGGAGGAGCUGGGCUGGGUUUAUAAAGACAGAUAGUUGACAACAGAAGGGGGCUGCAGGGAAGUAGUCUGCUGCCACUCCCUGGGAGUAGGGAGGUGUGUUUGAGGCUACAGAGUUCAGUAGUCUGCAAGUACUCUCUGGGAGGAGGGAGUUUGAGUUGGGACACCUAGAGAGGGGGGAACCAUACAGUUGCCAGAUAUAAGGUCCCUGGUCUGGAACCUGGAGUAGUGGGUGGGCCCAGGUUCCCCUACUGGCCAAUGGGGAAGUGGCACCAUCAGGACAGUGCAUGAGAAGACUGCCUGAGACUGUGUGUGCAGCAGGACUUUGAUACCCCAGAAGGGGAAAAUUAUAGUGACCUGGCUGGAGGGCCAAGCUACAGAGACAGAGUACACUGAAUCACAGGGAGCAAGAGACAGAUGGCAGGGCAUGCAGCACGCAGCAAAAGGGGGAGUCAGACCUGAGUGGAGCUAAUCCUGAGACAUGGCCACAAGGAGGCGCUAUCCAGCGUGUAUGCAGAACCAGCACCUGAAAAACCAGGCGAGGAGGCGACAGCAGUGCGGUGAUGAGGACACGAACACACUUUUCUCUAAAACCACGUUGCCCCGCAAUUUGGAGAUCAUGGUGUUAAUGAGGCAGGCUCAUGCCGUGGAAUGCCGAUUCUGGGCCCGGGAAACAAACACAGACUGGUGGGACCGCAUAGUGUUGCAGGUCUGGGUUGAUUCCCAGUGGCGCCGAAACUUUCGCAUGCGUAAGGGCACUUCCAUGGAACUUUGUGACUUGCUUUCCCCUGCCCUGAAGCUCAAGAAUACCAAGAUGAGAGCAGCCCGCACAGUUCACAAGCGAGUGGCAAUAGCCCUGUGGAAGCUUGCAAUGCCAGAAAGCUACUGGUCAGCUGGUAAGCAAUUUGGAGUGGGCAAAUCUACUGUGGGGGUUGCUGUGAUGCAAGUAGCCAACGCAAUCAUUGAGCAGCUGCUAUCAAAGGUAGUGAUUCUGGGAAAUGUGCAGGUCACAGUGGAUGGCUUUGCUGCAAUGGGAUUCCCUAACUGUGGUGGGGCCAUAGAUGGAACCCAUAUCCCUAUCUUGGCACCGGAGCACCAAGCCGGCGAGUACAUAAACCGCAAGGGGUACUUUUCAAUGGUGCUGCAAGCACUGGUGGAUCACAAGGGACGUUUCACCAGUAUCAACGUGGGAUGGCCGGGAAAGUUUCAUGACGCUCAUGUCUUCAGGAACUCUGGUCUGUUUAAAUGGCUGCAGGAAGGGAUUUACUUCCCAGACCAGAAAAUAACUGUUGGGGAUGUUGAAAUGCCUAUAGUUAUCCUUGGGGACCCAACCUACCCCUUAAUGCCCUGGCUCAUGAAGCCGUACACAGGCACCCUGGACAGUAGUCAGGAGCUGUUCAACUAUAGGCUGAGCAAGUGCAGAAUGGUGGUAGAAUGUGCAUUCGGACAUUUAAAGGGUUGCUGGCACAGUUUACUGGCUCACUCAGACCUCAGCGAAACCAAUAUUCCCAUUGUUAUUGCGGCUUGUUUUGUGCUCCACAAUCUCUGUGAGAGUAAGGGGGAGACGUUUAUGGUGGGGUGGGAGGUUGAUGCAAAUCGCCUGGCUGCUAAAUACGUGCAGCCAGACACCAGAGCAGUCAGAAGAGCACAGCAGGAAGCAGUGCGCAUCAGAGAAGCUUUGAAAACCAGUUUCAUGACUGGCCAGGGUACUGUGUGA